AUGGCAACACAGGAGCAGGCCUUGAGCACCAGAGCAAUAGAGGCCCAGAUAUACCACACCAGGCAGGGUCCCAGGUGCAGGCUGUGCAAAGAGGCGCCUGAAACAGUCCAGCGCAUAACAGCAGGGUGUAUCAUACUGGCAGGAAAAGAUUACAUGAAACACCAUAACCAAACUCUGGAGGAGCCCCCUUACUUGACAGUCGGGACUGAUGUGAGUGCCAAGUACAGAGGGGCUUUCUGCGAAGCCAAGAUUAAGACAGCCAAGCGUCUAGUCAAGGCUAAGGUGACCUUUAAAUCAGAUUUGUCUACUGCUGAGGUCCAUGACGAAAGCAUUAAAGGGCCUCUAAAGGUGGGUGCUAUUGUAGAAGUGAAGAACCAUGAUGGAGUUUACCAGGAGGCCACAAUCAACAAGCUAACCGACGCGAGUAUUUACACAGUUGUAUUUGACGAUGGCGACGAGAAGACCUUAAGGCGUUCUUCUCUCUGCCUUAAAGGUGCCCGUCACUUUGCAGAAAGUGAGACACUUGACAGACUACCCCUCACCAAUCCUGAGCACUUCGGCACACCUGUCAUAGGCAAAAAGGGAAACCGGGGCAGGCGAUCCAACCCAAUCCAAGAGGAAGACCUGUCUUCAUCCUCCAGUGAAGAAGAGGAGAGUGAUCAACGGCAGAAUGAAGAUCUGUUUGGCAAAGUGGUCUGUGUGGAGGGAGUGUCCAUGGGGGAUAAAAAGAAACCCACGUGGUAUCCUGCACUAGUCAUCACCCCUGACUGCCAUGAUGACAUCACAAUGAAGAAGGAAAGCUUAUUUGUUCGCUCUUUCAAGGACGGAAAAUUUUACAUGGUGUUACGGAAAGAUGUUCGAGAAAUAAAUGCAGAUUCGCCCCCUAAAGCGGAUGCGGGAUUGAAGCCAGCGCUGGACGCAGCUUUGGAGUUCCAGCAACAAUUAGUAAUUCCUAGCAUCUGGAAGACUGAAGUGAAGGAGGAAAGCUCCAGCAGUGAAGUGGAUGAUGAGGAUGAAGAGGAGGAACAGGAAGAAGAUGCCAGUGGUGAAGAAGAAGAGGAGGAAGUGGAGCCAUAUCCCGAGGAAAGGGAGAACUUUCUUCAGCAGCUAUACAAGUUCAUGGAAGACAGAAGAACGCCCAUCAACAAGCGGCCUGUUCUGGGUUACCGGAAUCUCAACCUGUUCAAACUGUAUAGACUGGUGAACAAACUAGGAGGCUUCGAUAACAUUAAAAGUGGCGCCAUUUGGAAGCAAAUCUACCAGGACCUUGGAAUACCUGUCCUCAAUACAGCUGCUGGCUACAAUGUCAAAUGUGCUUACCGCAAGUACCUUUAUGGUUUUGAAGAAUAUUGCACUUCCACUGCCAUCACAUUCAAGAUGGACCUCCCUUUGAAGCAGGCCCUCAAGGGAGAGGCAGCGUCUGUGGGUGAGGGAGAAAACACAUCCGCCACAUCAACCAGCAUAGAAGAACAGAAGUAUCCUGGGAAUGGAGAACCAAUCAGCACACAAUCUGUAGUUUGCAAGGAGGAGAAGCUUGAGUUGGUUCUAAACAAAAAUGAGGGGGCAUCUUCAAAAGCUGAAGCAAAGGAUAGCAAUGGAAACGAUGAGGAGGAGGAAGACGAUGAGCCACACACAGGGGACACAGAUGAACGCUCAUCCACGUCUCGCCUCAGAGCUGAGAGCAUUAAACAGGAGCAUGAAGAGGAGCAUGAAAACAAGGACAACUCUGGGGAUGACAACAGUCAGGAUGGGGAGGAAGGGGAAGAGUUUGAGUGUUACCCCCCGGGGAUGAAGGUGCAGGUGAGGUAUGGGCGAGGCCGCAGUCUGAAGACGUACGAGGCCACUGUGAAAGAGGCAGACGUGGAGGGGGGAGAGGUGCUCUACCUGGUGCACUACUGUGGCUGGAACAUCAGAUAUGAUGAAUGGAUCAAAGCAGACAAGAUUGUUCGCCCAGCCAAUAAGAAUGUACAAAAAAUAAAGCACCGUAAAAAAAUAAAGAACAAAGUUGAGCGGGAGCGAGACCGGUUCGAGAGGCUCACUGAUAGAGAAGCACUCGGUCCUUCGCCCAACAAUAACCGUGUCCCUCGAUCUAAGUGUGACCUUAGCCCAGAUGUCUUUUCCAAACUAGAUCAGGGUGAGGACCAAGGUACUCAGCAGCAGACUCCAGCCAAGUCUAUAGAAAUUACUUCUAUUCUUAAUGGUCUGCAAGCCUCUGAGUUGUCUUCAGACGAGAGUGACCACGAGGGUGAGAAUGAGCAAAAUAAAGAAGACUGUGAUGCUUGCAGGGAUAUAAAAGGUGUACCAGAGCUUCAUAAAACCUCAGAACUUAGAGAGAGUGGUACUCAACCCAAUGGGUCCAGAUCUUCUGUAGUCUCAGGGAAGAACCAGGAGAUGAUCAACAGUGAAGUGGGGAAGCGCAAACUGGAUUUGAUUGGGGAGGCAAGCACCAGGAAAAGGAAAUCUGAAGGAGUAGUCGAAAGGAACCUUAAAAAUCAGUCUAGGGCUAAGAGGGCUACAAGGAGUGCAGAUUGGUUACCUUCAGUCUCUUCUAAAAAGUUGGAUGACAGGAGUACUGGUGCAAUGGAAGAGAGGGGGGCCUCAUCUAGCUCCAGCUCAGACGAUGAGGGCACCGCACUUGCUGAGGCCAGUGAACAAAGCCACCCAAAGACCAAAGCUUCCCCUUCCAAGAAAUACAAUGGGACAAAGGAGAAGAGCAAAUCCAGUAGACAAUCGGGGUUCUGGGACAUUCCUGACAAGAGGGCCAAGAUGUCUGGGAAUGGAGAGGAUAAGCCAGCUGUACGUGCUACGGGCCAAAAAGACGUGUGGUCAAGCAUUCAAGCGCAGUGGCCAAAGAAGACUCUAAAAGACUUAUUCUCCGAUUCAGACACAGAGGCUGCUAAUUCUCCUCCUGCACCUGUACCUUCCAGCCUUGAAGAUACAAGUGUUGAGCAGGAAGCAGGACCUGAAGAUGACGCUUCAGAGGAACACAUGGAUACUGACAAACUGCAAGAGUUCCCUAGCAGUGGCAGUAACUCUGUACUUAACACACCACCCACUACACCAGAGUCCCCCUCAGGUAGAGGCAGUACAUUGGAAGACUGCAGCCAAGCACCACCGCGUUCCCCACCAGCGCCACCCACACCUCCUGGUCUGCUUCCAGUGUCAUCUUCUGCAAAUCUCCUGCCAGGGUUGGUACAGGAGGAAGUGGCAUGCCGGCGCAGCGAGAGUGACAGCAGCACAGUUGAAGUGGAGAGCCUGGGCGGGGAGCUGCCUGACCUUCCUCGGGAUGAGGGGGCAGGCUCCCCACCCAAAGUGUUUGAUGCCCCGCUCUCCUCCAACAGCAGCAGCAACUGCAGCUUGGAGCUGAGCAGCAGCAGCCAGCAUGAGAGUGAGCACAAGUCCAAAGUAUCUGUGAGUCAGAAACGGCAAAAAGAAUCACAGACAGGCGGCGUCUCAAAGAAACACAAGCCAAACCGAAAGAGCCUUGGUGUGCCUCCCAAAAAAAAUAGGAAAACAGCCAACAGCAGUGACAGCGAAGACCAGUCUGUUUUGGAAGGCUCUGCCAAACCAACUUCCACCAAGAAUGACACAUCGGAAGUUAAGGUUGCUGUUUCGCCCAAGUGUCGCGGCCGAUCUCCCCCUUCAAGCCAUAAGUAUCACAAGCAGGGUGACACCGACCACUCACAACACCGGGAAAACCAUGGAAGAUCACCACGGGUUUACAAGUGGAGCUUCCAGAUGUCUGACCUGGAGAAAAUGAGCAGUCUGGAGAGGAUCUCAUUUCUUCAGGAUAAGCUUCAAGACAUCAGGAACCACUACCUCUCCCUCAAGUCUGAGGUCGCCUCGAUUGACCGCCGGCGAAAGCGCAUGAAGAAAAAGGAACUAGAAAGCACUGUGGCGGCAUCCUCCUCCUCUUCAUCCUCUUCACCGUCCUCGAGCUCACUGACAGCAGCGGUCAUGUUGACGCUGGCUGAUCAACCAGUGUCUUCAUCCUCAUCCUCAUCGCAGAACUCUAGUGUAUCAGUGGAGUGCAGGUGA